AUGGUACUCGCCGAUGGUCUUGGCAGUGUGCCCUUACCCGCCGCAGAGAACAUCAAGCUUUCUCUCAACGGUCGACCGGACUUACUUAUCAACACUCAUCCCACGACCCGGAAGCUGCUGCAGACGCACUGCGAUGGCGGCAAGCUCCACAUGCAUCAGAUGAAGGAUGGAAGUAUCCGGGCCAGUGGCGACUUCUCAGCUGGCAAUGUGGGUGAGGAUCCUGAAAAAAUGGCAGACGAGCUGUUCGCCACGCUCAAACCUAGCUUCAAGAAUGGAGAUGAUCCCGAAUUCGGCAAUUUCACCAUUGGCGUCUGGCCUGAUCCUGAGGAUCGAUAUCAGAUUUGGAUCAACUGA